AUGAUUUUUUGGAUUGAUAACACUAGCAUAUAUGAUUGUAGAACCUAUAGUCUUAUUAAACCACAAUAAUAUGAUGUAGCUAUAAUUUUGGAUUACAUCAAAUAAGAUUAAUAAUAAAAUAGAAUUGAUUUAAAAGAUAAAUUACCAAAAUUAUUAAGAACUCUAGCUCUAUUGCUUGUUAUUCAUAAUAAAAAAGAUAUUUUUAGAUUACUAUAGAUUUUAGCAUCCAAGGAUUUUAAAUACACUAAACUUUAUAAUGAUUUUGCUAAUAAUCCUGCUGCAUAAUGGUAUAUUGAGUAGAUGAAAGUAGAAUCAGUUUAAAUGAUAAUGAAUCAAUAUAUUUAAGGAGAAUACAAGUUUCUUGAAAGCUUUUUUUAAAAAAUAAUCAAUUCGUAUGAAUAAUAUUUACAAAAACAAUAAAAUGAACAAGGAACUCCAGAGUUUAAUUAAUAAGUAGAAGUUGUAUAAAAUUAAGAUUAAACAUCAUAAAAUAAAAUAAAUGAAAAAUCUCAAUAGAAUUAAUAAUAAUAAAAUUAAAUAAAUCAAAAUCAAGGUAUUAAGGGUUAAAUAGAAGAGUCUAUCAAUCAAAGAAAAAAAAGUGUUGAAGAGAAUAAUCUUGAAAAAGAUUCAAUAUCAAGUGUAUAAAAAAGUAAGAAUGAUAUUAAAAAUGUUUAAGAUACUAAAAAUUUAAAUUAAAUAACAAAUAAAGAGUCAACCUAAAAACAAAAUUUAGAUGUUAUAUAAUAACAAUAAUUAAAUAAAGAUAAGAUAUCCAAAACAACAAUUGAAAUAGAAGAUAAACCUUAGUAACAAUAAAAUGAAUAAAAUAAUAAUAAAUAGAAAAUAAAUUAACAGCAAUAGUUAGGUAUAAAAAAUUAAAAGGAAUAAAAUAAUCUAGAAAAUCAGAAAGGAAAUUAUUUCUCAGAACAACAAAAAGUUUCAUUAGAAUCAGUUUUUAAAGAUGAUAAACCAGAUUAAAAAAGUAUUUUUUCAUUUUAUUUUAUAUAGUGCUUGAAAUGGCAAAAAUAUUAUCAGAAAAAGCUUAGAAAAAGUCAACCUAUUCUCCUUUAUAAUCUCCUUCUAAAUUUAAACCAAAUCCAAAACCUUUAGAAAAAAUAACUGAAAAAGUGGAGAAAAGAGUCAAUAUAGAAUAAAAAAUAGCAAAAAAAUUUAAUUAAGAACCAGAAAAAAUAAAUUCAUAUAUUGAUACACUAACUGAUAAGGAAUAAUAAGAAUUUGAAUUCUCUGAAGAUACAGAAUUAAUUAAAUUAUUUGAUUUACUAAAAGAUAAAUGCGAAUAGACUUAUUGGUGGUCUAAAUUUUAGGAUAAAUGUAAUAAGGCAAUGAUGGAAAAAGAACUUGAGAUGAUAAUGUUUGAUAAAUUACCUAUAUUAAUGAAAAGAUGGGCAAUCAAAACAGGGAAAAAUGUAACAGAAAUGGAUAGAAAUCCUAAUAGAAGACAUAGAACACCAAUUUAAGAAACAAAAAAUACCUUAUUAGAUUAUUCAGAUCCAGAAGAGAUGACAAAAGAAAUAAUCCAUAUUGCUUAAUCUUCAGAAACAUUAGAUAAGAAAUAAAAAAAUGAUGAAAAUAUAAAUUUAGAAUAAAUAGAGUAAAAUAAUAAUGGAAUUAAUAAAUUAUAAUAAUAGAAUGAAGUAAUUAUAAAAUAGUCUAGUAAUUAUGAAUAAGAAGAAAGCAUAAAAUAAAAUUUAUAAAAUGAAUUUAAAUAUUCAUCUGAAUUCUAAUAACAUAAUUCAAAAUUUCAAUAUGAUAACAUAAAUAAAGAAAACGAAAAUUUUAUAUCUAGAUUAGAAGAAGAUACAUUUAUUAAUCAAAAUUAAUAAAUUUUAGUUGAAUAAGAACUAUUACUUUAAAAUGAGAUCUAGGAAGUAACUCCUUAUUAAAUUAUUGAUAUAGAUGAUGAAAUAUAUUAUAAGAACUCUCCAAUGGAUAACUAAAAGAAUUAAUAAUCUAAAGUAAUUAAAACAUGUGCAAAUAGAUUAAAUACAGAAAUUACUAGUUCUAGAUAGUAAUAAUCUGAAAAUCCUAAUAAAUAAUAUUUACAAUAAGAAACCUCAUUCUAAAGUAAUAUAGAAAAAUAAAAGAAUGUAAUAUUUAUUGAUUCUUCAAAUGAUGAAAUCAUUUAAAGUAAAAAUACCUAAUAGUUGAUUCCUCAAUAAUAAUAAACGAUAUAAAUCACAGAAGAUUGUGUAGAAAUAAUAAAUUAACCUAUAAUAAAGAGUAAUAUAAUUUAUCCUAAUAUAUAAUCAGAGUUUAAUUAACAUAGCGAUGAUAUUGAUAAAUUAUUUCAAAAUGAUAACGAUCUAUCAAGUCCAGAUUCAAUGGUAAGUUCAUAAUCAAUUUUGAUUAGUAAUUAAAGUAGUAUUUAAUUUGAUGAAGUUUAAAAUAAUAAAAACUAAUUUGUAGGUAAAGAGUAAUUAAAUCAAUAAAAAAAUUAAGAUAUUAUAAAAAUACCAGACAAAAUCUUAGAGAAAAAUGAUGUUAAAAAACAUAGAGAUGAGGAGUAAAAAACUAGAGAGAAAAAAAAUUAAGAAUCAGAUAUAGAAAUAAAAGAAAAAUAAAAAAAUAAGAAUAAUAAAAGAUAAAACUCAAAAGAUAAAAGUGAAAAUUAAAAAACUAAGAGUAAAAAACAUGAUUCUAAAAAUGAUGAAAAAGAUAAGAGUAGAGCCAAAAGUUCAUCAUAAAAUAAUGAAAAAUUUUAAGAAAAAGAAAAGAGUAAAGAAACUAAAAAAAGAAAAAGUAGUGAAAAAAAAAAUGCCUAAGAUAUUAUUAAAAUUAUGUAAGCAGAAAAAGAAGCAAAAGAGAAGUAAAAAGAAGAAUAGAAAAAAAAAGAGAAAGAAAAAAUUCAUUAAGAAAAUAUCAAAAAGGCAGAAUAAAGAUUAAAUAAAAUGAGAUGUGAUGAAAUAGAAUAUUAGAAAGAAUAUAAUUAUCUUUAAUAAUAAUCUAAAUAAAAUGAGAUUGAACCUGGAGAAAUAAAAUAAUAAUAAUAAUAAUAAAAUCAAAAUCAACAUAAAAGUUACUAAUAACCACAAUAAUUAUCUCAAUAAAACUACAAAAAUGUUAACCAAACUGCAGAGUAAAAUUAAAGAUUAAAGUCUCAAGAUGGUUAAAUUAUAGAUCCAUAAAUUCUGAAUACUAGUUAAAAAUAUUAAUAAUACAAUUAGUAAGUGCCAUAAAAAAUUUAGGAAAGUUAAUCAAAUGGAAAUAGACCUUAAUAAUUUAAUUAAAACCACGAAAUUCCAAUCUCUUAUAUUUCUGAUUAAACAAGUUAAUAUAAUAAUGUAGAGUACUAAAAAAAUCAUCAAACAAAUUAGUAACAAUAUAAUCAAUUCGAUAGAUAACAAUAAUAUUAAAUAAACCAAAAUUAAAUAGAAUAAAUUCCUGGCUAGUAAAAUUAAUACUAAAGACAAAAUAGUUAUGCAUUUCCUUUAGAAUAAUAUGGGAUCUAAGAAUUCUUAACUAAGAAAGAUUAGGCAAUGUAGAAAAGCGUUUAAAAACAAAUUGUAAAUCCAACUUAAUAUGAUCUUGCCUAAAUACCACCUUCAAUUACAAAUUAAGGGAAUUAUCAAAAAUAAUAAUAAUAAUAAUAAUAAUACCCAUAAAAUUAUUAGCAAGUAUAGUUUUAACCAUAGUAAUAAUAAUAAUAACAAUAAUAAUAAUUUUUUAACUAAUAGAAACAAAGAGAUAAAAAAUAUAGAAACAAUUAACCUCACUAAUAAGAUUUCUAUAGACAAAAACAGUAAUAUCAGAAUCAAUUAGAACCUCAUUUAUAAAAACAAAGAAAGUAUAAUCCAAAUAAUAAUAAUGAAUAACAUGUUAAUAAUUAAAACUUUAAUUAUAUGCCAGGACCACAACCUAAUAUGAAUGUUUAGCCUUACCCUUAUCACAAUUAAAUGAAUGAUCCUUAAUUUGCUAAUUAGAAUCCAUUUCCUAAUGGUCCAAAUUAUUCAUCAAAUUAACCCUCUAAACAACAAAUGUUUGAAUUUUUUUGUUAGAUGUUUUAUGAUAAAUUUUAGUAACCAGAAUGA